GCGCCGGCGCGGCUCUUAUCAGCGCCGCGGGGACCGGGACCGGGGUGGGGCGGGAGCCGGGCGCGAGGCCGCAUCGUCGCCGCCGCCGUGGCGGUGGCCGGGUCCGGGCUCGGGCUGUGGCUGAAGCCGCCCUCGCUCGCCGACUCCGGCGAGACCGAGGCCGGCGGCCAGAUCUCGGUCGCCGGCGCCGGCGCCGGCGCCGCGGAGGCGAGGGGGGAGAAGGGUCGGUUCCUGUUCGCAGACUCAUUCCGCAGAAGGGUGUUCUUUAACUACGAGAAGAGGAUACGGCUUCUCAGCCCACCUGAAAAGAUCUUUGAGUACUUUGCGUCUGUGAGGAAACCAGAAGGGGAAGUUUGCAUGUUGCCUGCUGACUUGAUGAGGGCAGUAGUCCCUGUUUUCCCUCCAUCAGAGUCAACUGUAGUCCGCGAAGGGCGAUUAAGGGGGGAACGGAGCCCUGGAGAGUUGCAUUGUGCUCCAUCGAAAUUCUUCAUGUUGUUCGACACAAAUGGCGAUGGCCUCAUCUCCUUUGCCGAGUACAUCUUUUUUGUGACAUUGCUCAGCAUUCCUGAGUCAAAUUUCAGUGUGGCUUUCAAAAUGUUUGACGUCGACCACAGUGGGGUGAUCGACAGAGAAGAAUUUAAGAAAAUAAUGUCACUGAUGCGGUCUUUUAAUAGACAAGGAGCAACCCAUAAGGAUGGCUUACGUAUUGGACUUAAAGUUGGCCAGCCUGUGGAAAAUGGUGGUGUGGUUGAGUUCUUCUUUGGUAAUGAUGGGAAUGAACCUCUACACUAUGAUAAGUUUUCAAAAUUUUUGAAGGAAUUGCAUGACGAGAUUAUUCGUCUUGAGUUCAGUCAUUACGAUGUCAAGUCAUCGAACACAAUACCAGCAAAGGAUUUUGCAUUGUCCAUGGUUGCUUCUGCUGACAUGAAUCACAUAAACAUGCUGCUUGAUAGAGUUGAUGAUUUGGUCAAUGAUCCUGAUCUGAAGGACAUGCGCAUCUCCUUUGAGGAGUUUAAGGCAUUUGCUGAUUUGCGCCGAAGAUUGGAGCCACUGUCGAUGGCCAUCUUCGCAUAUGGGAAAGUGAACGGGUUGUUGACAAAGCAGGAUCUAAAACACGCGGCUCAACACGUUUGCGGGGUCGACUUAACUGAUAGAGUGGUGGACAUCAUUUUCCAUGUGUUCGACACAAAUCAGGAUGGGAACCUGAGCUCGGAAGAGUUCUUAAGAGCGUUACAAAGACGAGAAACUGAUAUUCGUCAACCAACAAUACCAGGUCCUUUAGGGUUCUUGUCUUGCUGGUUCGGUGGUAGGAAGUCUUCUUCACUUCGACAGAUGGUGUUCUGAUUGGGUCCCCCUAUGAUCCUUGAUGUAAAUGUCAUGUGCCUUUGAUUGUCAUCUCGUGGCAAGUAUGUGAAAAAGCUUGUUCUACUGUUCUGUUAUGAUAUCCUGUACUGACUAUUUUCACCGAUGUUUAGGUGCAGAAGAUAGCCACCAAGUAGCGGACUGCAGCUGACCGUGGAACCGAUUUUGCUGUAAAUAUCGCCGGGUGGCCGAAGCUUGCCUAGCAGCUGUAACUGUAAAUAGUGUCUUUUCUUUUGUGUAGUCCUAGGACGGAGAGAGUACGUUGGUUAUUCUCACCUCAUGUAAAUUAAACCCCAUAUGACGACCUUAAACAUUUGAAACAUUGUCAACUGUGUUCCAUUUA